GCAUGAAACAUACAUCAUCACUUAUAAGAAACCUCAAUCCGUCAACGACUCGUCGUGAGGAUGUCGGGCAAAACAGAUGCUGAGAUUGUGCAGGGAGAUCUGGAGGUUGGUGCAGGAAGGUCGCAGAUGAUGAUUGACACCAUUGAGCGACCUGGAAAAGCUUUCGCCACUGGUACCUUUGCAAGUGCCGGGAAAUUCGAAGAUGAUUCUGAGGAAGAAAUUGGAGUGUACGCCGGUGUGGGAGUGGGCCACGCUCGUGCUGAAUGGAGCGUUUUUGAUGCCGAGGCCAAAGGGCCCAACGCCAGCGCAGGAGCUGAAAUCUCUCGUAAAGCAGGGGUCAGAGCCAUAGCCAAGGCGGAGCUGGCCAGUGCUUCGGCCUCUGCCGGUCUGGUGAAAGCUACAGUCGGUCUGGCAGCAGACACCGGCAUCGGCAUCGGGCCGUCAGGUGUGGAGGCGAAAGUGCUGGGGACGGGCGUCACCAUCGGCCGUAAAAUUGGCGUUUCGUUCCUUGGCUCUGGGUUUGAAAUUAAAUUGUGGUAGACUGAAGCUUUGUGCUAAACAGCUUUUUGUGAUCGUUUUAUGGUCCUCGCAUUAAAGAAAAAAAUGCAAUUUGCAGCAUUUAUACAUUAAACUUGUCCUGACAUUUCAAAUCUCCACUCAGAUAUACUUAUUAUGUCCAGUAUUACUGUAUGUCUUGAUUGCAUGUAAAAGAGUUUUAUACUGCCCAAAUGAGAUGACUGUACGUUUACAUAUCUGAAGCUUGCACUGUUUGGGUUGUUUCAUUUCUUCUAAACAACUUCCUGUCAAACCUUUGAUGUUUUUUUGCUGACAUUAAACUUACAUUUAUA